AAUUUUGAAGGUUCAAGGUAGUUAUGUUUUUUAUGAGCAGAACGUAAAUAGAUAUGAAAAUUCUACUCUUUUAAAAACGUAAUGCUUUGAUCCUUUUAUUUUUUCUUUCAUUUAAAGUGAAAUAUCAAUUCUUGUUUACAAUUCACUUUCAUCAUCAAAAUGAAGUCUGGUUUUAUGAAGAUAGAACUCAAUAAAACUUUAUGGGAGGUACCAGAGCGGUACCAAAACUUAGCUCCUGUAGGUUCGGGAGCUUAUGGUCAAGUUUGCUCUGCCUUAGACACUAUAAGAAAUUUUAAAGUUGCCAUUAAGAAAUUGGCACGUCCAUUUCAAUCUGCUAUACAUGCCAAGAGAACCUAUAGGGAACUCAGGUUGCUCAAGCACAUGAACCACGAAAAUGUGAUAGGUUUAUUAGAUGUCUUCACUCCAUCCACUACAUUAGAUGAUUUUCAGGAUGUUUACUUGGUGACUCAUCUAAUGGGAGCAGAUCUGAAUAACAUAAUCAAAACACAACGCUUAAGUAAUGAUCACGUACAGUUUCUAGUGUAUCAGAUCCUUCGUGGUUUGAAAUACAUUCACUCGGCAGGAAUAAUCCACAGAGACUUAAAACCUAGUAAUAUUGCAGUCAAUGAAGACUGUGAAUUAAAGAUUUUAGAUUUUGGACUUGCUCGACAUGCAGAAGUCGAGAUGACAGGUUAUGUUGCCACUCGGUGGUACAGGGCACCUGAAAUAAUGCUCAAUUGGAUGCAUUAUAAUCAGACAGUUGAUAUUUGGUCUGUUGGAUGCAUCAUGGCAGAGUUACUAACUUCAAAAACUUUAUUUCCUGGAACUGAUCAUAUUGAUCAGCUAACACGCAUCAUGUUUUUGUGUGGCAAACCAGACGAAGAAUUUUUAGAAAAAAUAAACAGUGAAGAAGCACGAAAUUAUAUACGCUCAUUACCUGCAAUCACAAAGAAGAAUUUUAAAGAUGUCUUCAGUGGUGCUCAUCCAGAUGCCAUUGAUCUCUUAGAGCGAAUGCUUGAGUUAGAUGCAGAUAAAAGACCCACUGCCACUGAAGCCCUUGCACAUCCUUAUUUGGCUCAAUAUGCUGAUCCUUCAGAUGAGCCGAUAGCUGAACCAUAUGAUGAGUCUUUUGAAGAUAAAGAAUUAUCUGUAGAGGAAUGGAGACGAUUAGUUUAUGAAGAGCUCCAGACUUUCAAACCGCCCGAAUUAGAAUAAAGAGGACAGUUGAGCUGAUCCCAUUUCAUUUGUUUCAUCUCUUUAUCCUCAAAGUGUUGUGCCUUUGACUGCCGGGGCGGUUGAGAACCCCAGAAUGUGCCUGUGUGACUUGUCUGCUUUGCAAGAACAGCAUUAUUAAUUUUGAAGCGAUGCUUUUUAUGCAAAGUGAUUCCAAAUUUGUGCUCUCUUGGUUAAUUUUCCCCCCCUUAUUAGUGUAGGGUUUGUAUUUAAAUUAAAACUGGAAUCGAUGAUCUGUUAAAUUUGGAAAUUAAUAGUGUAAAUAUAGUUACUAAAGCAUCGUUUUGGUAUGUUUGAAUGACAUGUUGAUAAGUGUUCCUGUAUCAGUUGUAAAUAAGAUUUAGUUAAAUAUGCAAUGAUUUUCUUAAUUCAAUGUUUGGGGGUUUUAUAAUUGUGCUGUCCUUUUCUUGUGGUUGUCUUUUUUAUAGAAAUGAUUGAUUAUAGUAAUAUAUGAAAGGUUGCUAGACAAAGUGUUAGCAUAUUUUGUAUUAAAUGUUUUGAUGUUGGCAUUAAAGUGAAAAAUGUUAUGGAAAUUUGCUUUUAAAAUUAUGAAACGAAAACUUACUAUUGAGAAAAAAAGAUUCAUAUAUUGAUUUCCUGCAUUUAAUCUUUUUUGAUAAAAUCUGGAACAGUGUCAAACCUAAAUGGCAAAAAAAAAAAAAAAAAAAAUGUAGAACAUUUUAUUCUCCUGGCUGCAGAAUUUUAUUUACUUUCUCUUAAAUAAAUUUGUUUUCAGUAUUUCCAAUUGAACUUGAUAAAAGGAAAACCUAACAUUAAAGUAUUAUUUUAAAAUAUUUUUCAGAAUUCUUACUUUAAUUUGACAUGUAAAUGACUAAAUGUUUAGUUUUGUAUAGAAUUACAAUCUGAAAUUUCUAUAUUAGCUUUGACACUUUGGCUGAAAGUUUUAACUUUACUUGAUAUUUAUAGAGUCAGUAUACAGGAAAUUCUGAAAAUGAAUGGUAGUGGAUUUGAGAAGGUUUGAUUAAAAUAAAAAGUUCGUUCUAUGAAAACUCAUGAUUAUUAUUUAAAGUUAUGCAUGUUUUAUAAAUUAUGUAUAUUAUAUUAAUUUUAGUUUUUUUAACAUUAGCAAAUAGAUAAAAAAAUUUUAGUUUGAUUCAUAGUAUUUAUAAUUUUAAUGUAUAAUAAUAGUAUUUUUGAGUCAAUUUUUUUAGAAGCCAGAUUUUAAAAUUCCGCUUAAUGAAUAUUGAUAUUGCAUUUUAAUUUUAAUCAAAUAAUUAUAGAUUUUUUAAUGAUUAUAUAUACAUAUUGUGAUGAAGAUUUGUUAUUUAUAAUGCAUAUUAGUCUUUCAUUGUGUUGAUUUUACUUAUUUCAUCUUCAGUUUUUUUUUUAAAAAAUUGAAAUUGAUAUCCCAAGUAAAAAUAAAAUACCAGUCCAACAAAUAUGUUACAAAAUGCUUUCAUUAAUCAGCAGUGAUGUUACAUAGAAGUUUUGUUUGAUUUUAAGAUAUAUUAGAUCUUUUUUUUUUUGUUAAGUUUAUUAUUACUAUUCUAUUUUCUUCAAUUUUAUUUCUGUUGACACAUUUGUGUUUUCAAUUUACAUUUAGUAAUUUUGUAUUGUUCUGAAAUUAUUACAAACAUUAACAUUUAAAUUUCACAUCGUAUAAUAUUCUGUAAGUCUAAGGAAAAUAAUCUGCAUUAUAUUUUUAUUUGAAUCUUUCGGGGAUAUUCUCUAGUUAAAUUUUAAAGCUUGGAUCACAUAAAUAUAUAAAUCUGAUUUGCAAUAUUUGCCAUGACCAGUAAGCAUCUAUUUUGUAUGAAAAAAAAUGAUAAAGUAUCUUUCAGUUUGUGACUUUUUAUUCUGCUUGUGUAAUGCAAAUAAUUUUAAAAAUGGACAUAAUUCUGAAAAUUUUAUUUUAAAUGAAUGAUUAUUUGAGAAAAUACGGGAUCUUUUGUUUAAUGCAGCUGGGAGAUUUAUUCUCAUUAAAAUUGAUUCACUAAAAUUAGUUCUUUUAGUAUGCUUCUGAAGACAAUAGAAUGGAAAAAAUAUGCUGUAAAAGUAAUUUUUAUUUUCUGUUUGCAUUGUACUGAAAUAUUAACUGAUGGAAUUCUUCUUCAUGAAUUCAUUUAAAUAACUUUCUUUUUCUUCAUUGUGUAUUGUUAGAACUUAAUAAAUAUUAAUUUUUGCUUAAAAAUUAUUUCUAAAAUGUUUACCAUGAUUUGUUUACUGUUGAAUGACAUGACAAACGUGAAUAAUUUUCCUGAAUUUAUACAUUAAAUUAUUUGUACAACCAUGAAUAUGUUGCUUCAUUAUAGAAGCUUCUAUAUGUCUGUUAGCAAUAUGUCUUUAGCAAUAAUGUAACUAAACCAAAGUAACUAGUGAAUAAUGACUAUUUAUGCUUAUAAAUUUUAAUGUAUUUUUUAUAUGACUCGGAUGUAUGAAUAUCUUGUGAAAUUUUAUGGAAUACUAUUUUGAGAUGUUUGGAAAACUGUUGAUAAUUGUGUAGAUUUAUCAGAAAUUUGUUGCUUUAAUCAUUUUUUGAUUAAAAAAUGUAUGUUAAAAGUAUAUGGGUGUUUAUUGUUAAAUAUAAAACAGUUAACUUAUUUGAUUAUACUGAUAUUAUAAAAUAAUAACUAUAUAUGUUAUUUUUUUUAAUCACUGAUCUCGUUAAAUU